AAACACGGGAGAACCGUUAUCAGUUGAACGAUAUCGUUACCAUAACGUCGAUUCUGUGUAAAAUGAAAUCCCGUGUCAAUCAGACCGACAGCUCGUCGAUCAAAUCGAUCAGCUCCGAGGAUGUCAGCACGCAGCAGCACUACCACGGUAACAUGUGCUGCAGUGCAGAAGCAAAGAAUCCCGCAUUCAAACGUGGCCGCCAGCUGCAACAGAUGCAGAUGAUCAUACUUCCCUUCAUACCGAUACUCGCACUGAUCGUCCAAACGUCGUACGAAAUGAUCGAGAUCGUUAGCUACCGGAUGGAGGUGACGGAGAUCGAAAAUCAGGUCACCAUGGCAACCGAUCUCGGUAAGGUGGUAACACGUCUGCAGCAGGAACGUUCCGAUGUGGCAUUCUACAUCUACACGAACGGUAUCACCUUGCGCAGAAAUCUAAACGACACCUUCUUCGAAACGGAUCUAGCCCUGGACAAUAUGUCAUCGUGGCCCGACAUUUCGAUACGAACGAUACAACCAAACAAUGGGGAGGUGACGUGGCUAAACAUGAGCGAAUUUCGCGAAACUCUGCAAGAGUUCCGGGCCAACAUUAGCACCGAGGACAGUACGGUGCCACAAAUUUUGCGCUGGUACACCACCGCGAAUGCGGCGCUGCUGGAGCAUCUGACCAACCAGAUAAAGGAUGCGAAUAAAAGUGGUGUUUGGCGAUUUCUGCUCAGCUUUAAGAACCUUUUGCGCAGUAUCGAAAGUUUGGACAUCUCCUCCGUGUACGGUAUCAACUACUAUGGCCGUGGAUAUCUCAAGCCCGAUUCGUACAUCAAGUACGUCCAGCAUGACAUCCUCGGGAGAGACCUGUUGAAUGGAUCGCUACACUUUGUACCAUCGUUGAAAGUAAUCUACCGAAACAUUACACUCACAAUGCGAAGUUACGGCAAUAUUACCCAGUGGAGCAAAACCAUCCAGAAAAACUUGCGGCGCGAGGGCAAUGUGGCCGAUGCACGUUCCUACUACGAGUCGAUGGCUUACUACAUCGAUGAGCUGCGGAAGUUACAAAGGGCGCUCCGGUCGAUCAUACGUAACGAGGUCCAGAAAGUGCUCCAGUCGGCAGACAAUAUGGAAACAUUCGGCAUCGCCAUCCUGGUGGUCGUCCUUAUUGUGUCCCCGAUCAUCAUCAUACUCGUGCGGAAUGCGGCCGCCACCAUACAGCUGUACGCCAUUAAUCUGGCUCACAAGGCGAAAGAACUGAAACGGGAGAAGCGCAAAUCCGACUCACUGCUGUUCCAAAUGCUGCCCCCAACGGUGGCCACACAGCUAAAGCAGGCCCAAACGGUCCCGGCGGAGUACUACUCGGCUGUGACGAUAUUUUUCAGCGACAUCGUUGGCUUUACCGAAAUUGCUGCCGAAUGCACACCGCUGGAGGUGGUCUCGUUCCUGAAUGCCAUCUACCGGAUGUUCGAUGAGCGCAUUGAGUGUUACGAUGUGUACAAAAUCGAAACCAUUGGUGACUCGUACAUGGUGGCUUCCGGAUUGCCGGUGAAAAACGGUGGAAACAAACAUGUGGCGGAAAUAGCAACAAUGGCGCUGGAUCUAUUGGAUGCUUCCGGAUACUUUAGCAUUCCGCAUAAAGCGAACGAACCGGUACAGAUACGUUGCGGUAUCCAUACUGGGCCGGUAGUAGCCGGCAUCGUGGGUACAAAGAUGCCCAGAUAUUGCCUGUUCGGUGAUACAGUUAACACAGCAUCCCGCAUGGAAUCUACCGGCGAAGCGUUGAAGAUUCACAUUUCGGCCGAAAUGAACGAAGCACUGGUCAAGGUGGGAGGAUUCAAGACGGAACACCGUGGAUUGAUCGAUGUGAAGGGCAAAGGACUGAUGGAUACGUACUGGUUGACGUGCAAGGAAGGUGCCACACCAAACAAUAGUCACGGCGAGGUGGCCUGGUUUGCAGAUAUGAAACCGGUGUAUUUAAAAAUAGUUUAAUGAAACACAAUCGAUU